AUGAACGUUCGAGCCUUCAACCAAGAUGGGGAAGAGUCCGAACUUAGGAUGUCCAGCCAAAACGAAAGUUUUCUUGAGAUAUCCAAGAGAUUCAAUCAUGCGAUCGAGAAAAGCCCUUCAGAAGAAACAGAAAUUGCAUUACAGCAAAUUGUGAAAGAAGUUCAGCAAAAAACAAGAACAGACUACGAAAAGAUGCUUAUUUUCCAAUGCCAAAGAGAAAUUGCAAGAAGUUUAAUCAAACGAGAAAAAUACCAAGAAGCAAUUCCAUUUUUGCUCGAAACUCUCAAAAUAGAUCAAUCACGUACUAACUUAUGGGCAGACUUAGCAAUUUGUGCCCAAAUGACACAAAAUGCAGACUUGUAUCGCGCUGCUCAAGGUAAAGUUCAAAAGAUUCGUCCAGAGUUGAAUUUUGUUCUUCCAAAACCAGAAAUACCACCGAUAAAAUCAAUCCAAAUCGAACCAGAAUUCAUAAAUUACACUUUAAAGGCUGAUUGUUUCAGACAUUUCUUGACAGCCCUUGAAGUUGGAAACAAACAAAAUCCAUAUUCGAUUCUUGCUAUUUCUCUUGACCACGAAAUUUUAAGUCCUGAUACAAAUACACCAAGAAAAUAUGGUUUAAUUCCUCAUAUUCCUCAAGGACAAUUACCUGAAAUCCAAGGCAAGCAAUAUGCCAGAUUAGGAGGCAUGACAUUUGUUGAAUUUUUGUUCCAAAUUGGUGCAGAAUUAAUUGCAAACAACACUUUAUUGUUUGAUCAAUCUGUACAUAUCAUUACAACCAAAGCAAUCAACAAAAUUGCAGAAUUGAAGUUCAGAGAAGCAGUUCCAGCUGAACUUUCAAAGCAAAUUAUCGAUCUUUCAUCGAAAUACGUUUUUGAUUCAUUGACUCCAAACGCGAGAUUGUUCAUUGCUGAGCUUGCUUCAGUUCACUAUCCACAGAUGGUUUCAACUUUCUUAACAGAUGUAAUGCGUCCUUACAUCCAUCGUCCAAAUGCAAUUUUAAGAAUCGCAUUUGCAACUCUUGAAGGAGCCAUCCGCGAAAACAGACCAUAUUCAGAACUAGAAAAAUUAUACCAGGCUUGUGAGCGCCAUUUGAAUGAACCAUUAGCCAUUCCUCAUGCAUCUCGUGUUAUUAACAAAGAUCUUUUAGAAGAGAAGAAAGAACAGAUCGAUAUCAUGCGCACAAUCGAUAACCAUGACUCAGAACGUACAUCAGAGCUUGCUGCAAAGUAUUUUUCUGCAAAAUGCCCACUUCAAUUUUUGUCAUUGAAGAAUGUAGUCAAAUUAUUCCUUCAAUUCGAUUACAAUAUGGUCAAAGAUCACCUUAUCAACUUCUUAAGAAUGCUUCCAAGUCUUAUUAAAUCUAAUCCAAAAGAUAUUGCAAUUUUAACAAGUCUUUUCCAGAGAUUUAUAUAUGAAAUGAAUGAAGAUUGUGUUACCCAAUUGAACAAGAUCUUUUUAAUGCUCACAGAACUAAAUGCAGAUAAAAAUAUCAGAUUUGCUUGCGCAUUAGCAAUUGCUUAUGGCUCAAAGAACUAUCCAAACAGAUCUAAGCUCUUAGCAACAAUCCACAACAAACUUUCCGACUGCUGCUACUUAGAAGGAGGUAAAUUCCUUGAAAUCUUAAUAGAAUCGUUGAUUAAUGAGCCAUCACCAGAUUUAGCACCAGAAACAAAGGCAUUUGGAUGCUAUUUCUCUGAUUGCGCAUUAACUUCUUCAACUCAUGAAUCUAAUCUUACUCUUAGAUGCUCUCCAUUCAUGCAGCAGUACUAUAACCAUCUUAGAAAACUCGAAGAAAAGGGAACUGCUACUCCAAAUCAACUAUUUACUCCUUAUUUGUUGUUAUGGAUGCAUUAUAGAAGCGAAAAAGCAGAUGACAGGGUCAAGAGGACACAGUGCUUGCAUGAAAUAGAUGGCUGGUCAGUUUACAGGAUCGUAAAAAGGAAAGAAAACAUGAUUGCAAAAACAGCUCAACUUCCUAAGGAAUUAACGACACCAAUGCUGUUAGAAGAAAUGCUCAGAGAAGGCCAGGAGUCAAAUCCAGCGGCCAGAGUUGCUUUAGCCAAAAUUAUUAUCAAACAAUAUAUCACAAAAAGACAACAAGAAGCAAAUCAGCGCAUUACUUCUGUAUCUGUUCCUGUUGAAGAUAAGAAUUCCAACAAGAAGAUGCUUGAAGAUGCCCUGAAAACAUUGGAUGCAAAUGGAUCUGACGUUACUCCAUAUCAGAAAUUAAUUAGAGCUAUCAUAUUAUACUUCAAUGACAAUAAGAGCCAAGAAGCACUCAACAUUAUCAAGAGUUUAGGUCCAUUUGACGACAAACCACGUAAAGAAGCAAGAAGAUUAUAUUGGACAAUGAGAUUACUCGAUGAAAAUGGCCUCAACAAAGAUCCAGCAGCUACAUUAUCAGUUAAUGCUGCAUUAAAUCUCAUGGAUAGACUCAAUAACUGCAGCGAAUUCAAUGUUUUGUUAUACACAGCUGCAGGAAAACUCAAAAACGAUGCAAAUUUGUUCAAGAAAGCUAUAGAUACAUAUUGCAAAUCAAGAAUUGUUCUCCCACAACCAUAUGUUGAAUUUGCAAAGCGUAUUGAACCAAAUGAAGCAUACAAAGUUGUUUCUAAAUGCGCAAGAACGAGAUCAAUGAACAUAAACAACUUCUUCCACUUCGAUUUCAAAGUUCCUUUCUUAAUGGGAUCUCCUGAUGACUUGGAACAGACAAGAAGAGACCUUCUCCAAGUAUACGUUGACUGCGCAUGCAAAUCAGGAAACUUCACACAAGUUUUCACUCUUAUCAAUCCAAACAACAAAGCUGAUAGAAAAUUGUCAAGAGUUUUCAAAGAAAACAGAUUCGUUUAUGGUAUCGAUAGAACAGAGAUCUUUGUUAGAUACACACAAGAACUCGUUCCAGCAUACGAGAAGUCCAAGAAGAAAGACAUAGAAGAAAGAAGUUUGGACGCGUUGUGGAAAUCUGUUUUGAUUUUAGAUAUGAAAGAAAAGAACGGAAAUCGUGCAAUUCCUGAGAAUUUGGUCAAAGAAGUUGAAAGAGUACAGAAACAGUUGUUGGAAGUUUGCUGGAAGAAACUCAUUGGUGAGAAUCUUCCUGAAGGAGCAACUGUCGAUGAUUUGUUCGUGAAAUUAAACGGCGUCGUCGAAGAAGAAGAGGAUGACGAGGAAGAAGAUGGAGAUUUCGUUGACUCUGGCGAUGAUGAAGAGGAAGAUGGAGGUGCUGCUGAAGAAGGAGCUCCAAAUGAAGGUGGAGAUGAUGAUGCAGCCGAAGAAGAUGAAGGAGAGGAAGAUGAUGAUGACGCUAAUGGUGAAGAGGAGGAAGAAGGUGAAGCAGAAGAAGAUGGUUCUUCCGGCUCCGAUUAA